AUGGGAGAUCGCCGGGUCCGCGGCUCGGAGGAGCCGUCGGAGGAAAGGACGGAACCAUUUUCUCAAUCUGAAAUCGAUGCCCGCAUGAGGAACAUUCGCGUAGAGGAGCCCUUUGACCUCGUCCAGGCCGACCCCGUGCCGCUCGACAAGCUGCGCGUCGAGGAGCACCACCAUAAGCAGGGCAUCCGCAUCCUCGUCCGACCCCUCACUCGGAGCCGCUCGGUGAGCCCGGGCAACUACAAUUGCCAGUGGCUUGCCCUCCGCGCCGAGGUCGCCUCCGAGCAGGAACCCCAGCACAAGGUCCUCGCCGUCUCCCAGACGUCCCGGGACAUCAAGUUCUCUGUGCGCAUCCCGCCGGAGCGGUUGGAUGACAACACGCCCCGCCCGCCGUUGUGGUGCGAGCUCUACUAUGACCCGACGAGCGACAACCAGAUCUUGCUGAACAGGUCCGAGGUGCCCAUCUCCUUAACGAGGAUCUCUGACGGUCCCGGUUCCUGCGCCAGCUGGGGUGUCAACCCGGGAACCCCCAAGGCACUAUCACCAGGUACAUGGAGGAUCAAUGUCAGAGAUGUCGAAGUCCUCGACUUUAGGAUCUUGGAGAAGCGGCCCGCCUACUUUAAACAGGCCGAGUCGGACAUCAAAGACGAACAACCCUCAAGCUCAAACUUGGAUGCCCUCAACGCCUCGGGUAAACGAUCAUUCACCGACGACGAUGGUGAGCUACGGUCCGAGAAGAAGGCCCGCACCACAGAGGAGGCCGGCAUGGCGAAGAAGGAAAACGAAGACGGCGUUAUUAUGUUCCUCAGACCACAAGCGCAACCACUCGUGUUUCCCCUGCCCACAGAAGCCAAGGGCAGAGACCUCAUAGCGACCAACGGCCACGCUCUGCUCGACAUGCAAAAGGAAGAGACGGUCGUGAUCCCCGGCGGCUGCGAGAUUGACGAGUACACCGUCUCCAAGCGCGACCAAAUCGCCUCCACCACCCUCUCCUCCGUCUUUACCGCCGAGCACUCCAACGUCCCCGACGGCAUCGUCACCGUCAAGGUCCUCAAGACCCGCCCGGCCAACGCCAACAGCGCCACCGCAAACUCCAAACCCCAGGACAACGAGCGCAACGUGAUCCGGCAGGCCGACAUGUGGCUCCGAGAGUACCAGUCCCAAGACGAUCUCCGCCACGAGUCCAUCGUGAAGCUCUACGGCGGCGACGCCCGCUACCUCUCCCUCUACAUGGAGCACGUCGACGCAAAGGACCUCUCGGCCAAGGGCGUCUGGCGCUCCCACGUAGACCACAGUUUCCUCGGCGACCGCGCCGACGCCUUUUCCAUCGCGCGCGACAUUAGCGGCGCCCUGCACUACCUCCACAGCAAGAACCUCGUCCACAACGACAUCAAGCCCGCCAACAUCCUCUACUCGCCCACCCGCGGCGCCGUGCUCUGCGACUUUGGCCUGUCUACCCACACCAGCGGACCCGUGACGACGGGCGGGACGCCGUACUACAUCCCGCCCGAGUUCAUCGGCAAGAAGCUCCGCGGCCCGCCCUCCGACGUCUGGGCGUUGGGCGUGACGAUGCUCUACGUCCUCGGCAAGAUUCCCUUCCCGGACGCGCGCUCGCGCAAGGGGAAGCAGCCCGCGCUGUACUGGAUGAUUGCCGACGUGAAUCGGCCCGGGCCGACACUGCAGCCGGGGCAGCCGGGGCAGCACAGGCUCCCGUGCUCGCAUCCCGUCGAUUUGAUGUAUGUCUGGCUGAGCGAGGUCGCGCUGGCGAGGGAGAAGCUGUACCCGCGCGACAAGCUGGAGCGGCUUGUUUGUGAUAUGUUGAUUCCCGGGCCGGGCCAGAGGAUUACAAUGGCCCGUGUCGUGAGGGAGUUGUAUGUGAUGGAGCAGCAAGCUCUUGCGAAGAGGUAA